GAUGUCGUAGCCGGCUGCUCCCGCUGCGGGUGGCUCGGGCUGUUGCUGUGGUUGCCUGAGUUGCUGCUGCUGCUGUUGCGGCAGCGGUGGUGUUGGUGGAGGUGUCGGCCCCGGGGCGGGCGGAUGUUGACAUUGUUGGUGUUGUUAUUGCUGAUGGUAAUGGCGGCGGCGACGGCCGGGACCCCAUCUCCUCUGUAGCCGGAGCCGAGAGACAGCCUAGAGCGAACUCCGCGGCCUCCGAGCCGGCGGCAGCAACUCCCCUCAGCCUCCGCCGCCUCGCCAGCCCGGACCCCCGCCCCAGCUCCUGAGUCAGGCCCCUUUGGGCAGGGGUCGCGGAGGCUCGGGAUGGCGGAUUUCGACGAGAUCUAUGAGGAGGAGGAGGACGAGGAGCGGGCCCUGGAGGAGCAGCUGCUCAAGUACUCUCCGGACCCGGUGGUGGUCCGCGGCUCCGGUCACGUCACCGUAUUUGGACUAAGCAACAAAUUUGAAUCAGAAUUCCCUUCUUCAUUAACUGGAAAAGUAGCUCCUGAAGAAUUCAAAGCCAGCAUCUACAGAGUUAACCGCUGUCUUAAGAAGAAUCUUCCUGUCAAUGUACGUUGGCUACUUUGUGGCUGCCUUUGCUGCUGCUGCACAUUAGGCUGCAGUAUGUGGCCGGUUAUUUGCCUCAGUAACAGAACACGAAGAUCGAUUGAGAAGUUAUUAGAAUGGGAAAACAAUAGGUUAUACCACAAGCUGUGCUUGCACUGGAGACUGAGCAAAAGGAAAUGUGAAACGAAUAACAUGAUGGAAUAUGUCAUCCUCAUAGAAUUUUUACCAAAGACACCAAUUUUUCGACCAGAUUAGCAUUUACUUUAUUUAUAGAGACUUUCCAAGUAUGUUGUCUUUCCAAUGGUGCCUUGCUUGGUGCUCUCCUGGUGGUGACAUAACAUUGGUUCUACAGAAUCGUGUGGUGUUUUUUUUUUUUUUUUUAAAUAACCGCAUGUUCUAAGUGUGCAUUUUUGUCAACCUUUGCAACAGUUAUUUCAUACAGAUGUUUAAUACUUAAGUUAUUGUGCUCUUUUCUGUUAUGUAUUCUGAUUUUCAAGGAUUACUUUUUUGUAUUAUCAAAAAAAUACAUUUGAACUUAGCCUAAAAAGUGGCCAGUGUUUUUUUAUCACCAAGUACACAGAGUCCUUUUUUCAUAAAUUCCGUAACAUAGAAAAACAUCUCUUUACGUCUCUACUUAUCUAUUCUAACAAACACAUUCUUUGUAUUAUUUUUCUUCCUUUUUAGAUUUAACAUGGUCAUUUUAAAUAGUUUUAAGUUUUCUUAUUAGCCUUUUGGAACCUAACAUACCCUUUCUCAUAUACUUCCUAAUGCUCUGUUUACAGCAGAUGUACCUGUAAUCAUUAUAAAGACCAGUUAGAAAGUUUGAAACUAUUUCUGUCUUCAAAGGUAGCAAGGUAGGAUUAAGGCAUUCUUGUUAGAGUAGACAAGCCAGUGAACGGCGUGCAUCUAAUGGCAGUUAGGGCCCAGGAUCACAAAAUUUAGUAGCAUCACAAUCUGGGUAUAUUUUUGAUCAAGAUGAUAUUAAUAAUGGCCUUACUUGAGUUAUUUUUUAUUGUUUAUCAAAUCUUACAUACGGAAGUAUGGAUGUAUUCCUUUUAAAAAUUUCUAAGGAAAUAUUUCUCCCAAUCUAACACAAUUGUGGAAUGAAUAUAUGUUUCUGAAGAGUCUUUGAAAGAAAGCAAAAGUUCUAGAAUUAAAAGUAAGCUGGUGUUUAAUACUCCACUGGUAUUUGGAACAUAUUAUUACUAAGAAAUGGGGACAUAUUUAGUACUGUUUUUAUAUAUUAGUUCACUUUCUAUCCAGUUAUGUAUACACUUGACCGAGAGUAUGACAUGUUUGAAUCAUGUCAGCUUGUUUCUUUUAAAUACACACGUACACAUAUUCUUUUCUCCUUUUAGUCAUACAUAUCUCCAUGCAUUUUAAAACUUAGAUUUUCUCAAUGGGAUAUGUGUAAAUUUUUUGUUUUUAUAAGUCUGAAAUUAUACAAGUUUUAAUGUAUGUCAAGAACCUGUUCCAUACAAUUGUGGUAUCGAGCAAUAAUGUGAAUAACUUUGAAAUUAUAUAAACUGUGCUUAAUAAUUUGUAUUAAGAAUUGGUACCACUAUACAAUACUUUCUUCCUUGUAUUAAAUCUUUUAAAUGCCAGCUUCAUUAAUUUAUAUACCUGUAUUUUUAAAAAGUACUUCUUUGUACUUCUCCAAAAUACUGUAAUUCCAUAUGAAUCUGAACAGUUGAAUGCCAGUAUCCUAUACUGGACAUUAGAAACUAUCUUAAAAACUAGGAUUUUUUUUUUUUGGUCUGAGAGUUAUUUGUUCCUCUUGCGCUCCCGCCCCCCCAUAACAACUUGAAUUUAUAGAAUACUUUUCUUAUGAAGAGCUCAAAGUACGAAGAAUUAAAAUACUUCUCACUCUUUAACGUUAUGUCUAGGGUAUGUGUCCUAGCUUCUUAAACAGUGCAAUUAAGAGGUAAUCCUAUUCCAAAAACUCUAGUAUUCCUCUGUGGGUUCCGUGUGAAAAAUUUUUGUGUGAAGAAUGCUGAAUCUGCUUCAGGAUUCAGAAGGAGCGAGACAAUAUAAAGACUGUCGACUAUGCAACACAGGCUUCAGUAUCUAAAAUUUUGUAAAUCUGUAGUGCACCAUACUGAUCAGCAUUACAAGAAGAACUGUACUUAUUUAGAAAUAUUUUUCUCCUGUUAUUGUUGUUAGGUGCUGUUGAGUCGGUUCCAACUCAUAGCGAUCCUGUGCACAACAGAACGAAAUACUGCCUGGUCCUGUGCCAUCUGUUGAAUUACAUAAUCUGUUAAAUUAUAUAAUUAUAUAAUCUGUUAAAUUAUUAAUUAUAUAAAAUUAUAUAAUCUGUUAAAUUAUAGUUUUAAAAUUGUUAUUGUGUUUCCAUAAGAAUAUUUUAACAAUAAGAUAAUUUUCAUAGUUGAUAGUAUCAAGUACAGGAUUUAAAAAAAAAUUUUUUUUUGUUCUAAUUUUAUUGAGAGGUGUCUCAGUUGCUGAAAGAGAUUCCCUAAGAAUGUGUACUCUUAGACUUCCAACUUACAUAUAGAAAAGAACCAUGAAUGCUUAAUAUGUGGCAUUACGAUAAGCCAAUUAUGCCUUGAACAGUACAUUUGCAUGCUUUGCUUUUCAUUAGUAGCCCCUAGUAUAACUGAUUUAUCCUUUUUUGAAUCAUGAAUUAGGAGCCCAGAUGGCGCAGUGGUCAAGUGCUAGGCUGUUAACCAAAAAGGUAUGGUGGUUUGAACCUACCAGCUGCUCCACUGGAGAAAGGUGUGGCAGUCUGCUUCUGCAAAAAUUUACAGCCUUGGAAACCCAGUGGAGCAGUAUGGGGUAACUAUGAGUUGGAAUUGACUUGAUAGCGAUUGGUUUGUUUUUUAUGAAUCCUGAAUUUAAGUGCUCAUGUUAUAAGAAAUUAGAAAUGUCAGAGAUAACCUAUGUGGUGUGAACAUAGCCCAAAGGAAAUAUCUAAAUGAUGUUUGUUCUUCAGCUCUUGCCUUCUGUCUUAAAGUCUGUAGGACAUGAAACAUAGGUAUUUCUUAAGCUUGCCAAGAAAAGGAAUUAUUGGCAGACAAUUCAGUGUGUAGAUUUUAGGUAGGCUAAGUGAAAGCAUAUCGUGUUUUUUAAUACAUUACUGACAUUUUACGAUCAGCCCACCAUUCCUGUGUAGAAACAUUCUUCCGUCAUAUAGUUUGCAAAACCCAAAUAUAAUACAUGACUUUGGAUAUUUGGGUAAAAAUAUAUACUGCAAAAACUAAUGACUAUAGUAAAACUUUGAUGUGACACAUUUACUUCUAAUGCAGGUAUUGCCCCUCCCCCACAAGAGGUCCCUUUGCCUGUGUAAAAUAGUCAUCUUGGAUGUUUUAUAAAGGCUUCUUAGUGGCUAGGUUUCAUCCAUUCAAAAUAUGGCCAUGUAAUUUUGGCCAAAAAAAUCAGUACGUGUUGAAACCUUAAAUAAUAAGAAACAAUUUUUUUUUUUUUUUUUAAUUUGAAAAACUAGUUUUGUAAUUGAAUAGUUUUAAGUCAGGAAGAACCACAACUUUCCCCAUGGUUUUCUGUGUUAUUUUAGAGCUCUUCUGGUUGUUUCUUUAUAUUAGUAGACACAAGCCAACCUGUAAAACUAUGACAACAUUGCAUAUCAAUCUGUGGUUAAAAAAGGAUGAUAUUAAAUAGUAAUAUGUACAGUUGGAUCCACAGUUGCAUGAGUUCAAACUACACUAGUUUUAUGUAACUUUAUGUACAUGGUCUGGCUGUUUCAACCUUUGUGGUAUUCUGCUUCAUAAUUAUAACCUUUAAAUGCAUGUCUGAUGUUUCACUGUAAGUAUUUGCUCGAUUCCUCUAUCGGUAAUAUUGAAUCAAAGGUAUAAUGUGUGUAAAGCUGUCUUUGACAGAACUCCAACAGCUAGUCCUGGCCCCUCUUUCCUUCUGUGCUACUGAGGCACUGUGAAUCCUUCUGCUGCCCUCUUGAUGUCCAGAGUCUUCACUCAGGCAUGGACGUGGUUUAGAAUUGCUAGCAUCCUUCUCCAAAGCUCCCAGUGAGAACAUUAGUUCUUUUGCAUUCUUAGCUAGGUGUUUCAAAGACCAAUUAAAGUAAGUGAUAAACGCCUGACAUCCUCAGUUCUACCAAGGUGGUUAGUACUUGCAUUUUUAAAGAGGAGUUUCUUUACUUAAAGGAGCCCUAGUGGUGCAGUGGUUAAGGUGCAUGGCUGCUAACUGAAAGGUUGGCGUUCUUAAAUUUCCAGUAGUGCAGUGGUGCAGGUGGUGUUUUCCUUCUCAACAAACCCUGUCACUCCAGACUUUACAGGGAGGAAGGAUGGUUGGACCUGGGGCUUCCCAAACUGCCAUUUCUGAAGGAAGUUGAUUUAUACCUAGUAUUUGGAAGGAAAGAAUAGGCUCAGGGUCAAUCCUAAACCAAAUUUUUAACUAUAUUUCAGAGUAGUUUGUGAUUAAGUACACCUUUUUAUUUUUAUUUAUUUUUAAAUAUAAAUAUCCUUUUUUAAAUGGAAUAAAGCAACUCUUCAUUUUCCAAAGCUAUAAAUAAUAUCAAACUUAUAAUACCAUUUAUAUAAGUUGAGAUUUGAAGAAUGCUUGUAAAUCUUGAGUUAGUGUCUUGUUCUGUAGCUUUACAAAGAUUUAAGAUAGUAAUUUAAGAGAAGCCUAAACAUUGUUUUUAUUAUUAAUCAUAAUUCUGUGCACUUCUGUUUAUGUAACAGGGAGCCAUACCCCCAUCCCUCCAGAUGGCAAAUUGAACCAACAGAGGUUGUCUAGCCUAAAUGGACAGUCCUGAAAACAGUUAUUCAGAAUGCUAAUCCUGAUUUUGAAUUCAUGUCUGACAUUAUGCAAGAUCAUUAAGUUACUUGGGCUCUUUGGUUUUAUUUUUAUUUCCACAAAAGGCAGGUACUACGGCUACCUUCCUCAUGGUGCUAUCUUGUGAAACUAUUUUUCAAUCGCUUAUUUUGCUGAUAUUUAUUAAGUCCUAUAUAAAAGCAGGAAACCCUGGUGGUGUAGUGGUUAAGAGCUAUAGCUGCUAACCAAAAGGUUGGCUGUUUGAAUCCACCAGGUGCUCCUUGGAAACCAUAAGGAACAGUUCUACUCUGUCCUCUAGGGUCACCGUAGGAUCGCUGUGAGUUGGAAUCGACUCAACGGCUACAGGCUUGGUUUUUUGUUUUUUGUUUUUUGUAUAUAAAAGCAAGGAGCCCUGAUGGCACAGUGGUUACGAGCUCAGCGGCUAACCAAAAAGUUUGCAGUUCAAAUCCACCAGCCACUGCUUGGAAGCCCUAUGGGGCAGUUCUCCUCUGCCCUAUAGAGUUGCUAGGAGUCGGAAUCAACUCGAUGGCAAUGGGUUUUGUUUUGGGUUUAUAUAAAAGCAAAGGAGCCCUGGUGGCCCAGUGGUUAAACAUUCACCUGCUAACCAAAAGGUUGGCGGUUUGAACCCACCCAGCAGCUCUGCAGGAGAAAGAUGUGGCAUUCUGCUUCUGUAAAGAUUAAAGCCUUGGAAACCUUAUGGGGCAGUUCCACUCUGUCCUAUAUGGUCUCUAAGAGUUGGAAUUGACUCGAUGGCAACUUCUUUUUUUUUUUUUUUUAAUUUUUUUAAUAGCAAGUAGCUAGUUGAUUAGUAGUAAUGAUUGACUAGCAUUUUUUACUUACAGUGUUGGCACAAACUUGAGUUAUUGUCAAAUUUUGCAUUUAUAAUUAAAGAGCUAGAGUGGGUUGUCUCUAUAUGUACUUGUAAUACUAUUUUCUGUGUUUAAAAAUUAGGUAGAUAGACUUUUAAAUACGGUUACUUCUGAGAUACUUAAGCAAAAUCAUCCUUUUCUUCUACUUUAUAAACAUGGUGCUUUGAAUUUGAGAAGACUGCUUUUUUCUCUUUAUGAAAAAUGUAGUCCUGAUGGUACAGUGGUUAAAAGCUUGGCUGUUAACCAAAAGGUUGGCAGUUCAAAUCUACCAGCCGCUUUUUGGAAACUGUAUGGGGCAGUUCUACUCUGACCUGCAGGAUCGCUAUAAGUUGGAAUUGACUCGACAGCAGUGGGCUUUGUUUUGUUUAUAUUGCUUUGCUAGAUCUUUAUCUCAGAAACAUUUCAGUGAACUGAGCACACCAAGCAUUCUUAAUAUUGGCAGAUAAGCUAUUUAUUGCUUUUCUUUUUAAGAAACUGUCAUUCAGCCUUCAAGAGAUGUUUAGUAACAGGACAGUGUUUACUCUUCUUUAUUGGACCAUAGUAUACCUUCAGACUGCAGAUUUUUCUUUCCUGUUAACCUGUUCUGGAAACUGUGAUGGCAUAGUGGUUAAGAGCUGCAGCUGCUAACCAAAAGGUUGGCAGUUCAGAUCCACCAGGCACUCCUUGGAAACUCUAUGGGGCAGUUCUACUCUGUCUUAUAGAAAAAUAAAAAAAAAAAUUUUUUUUGCUGUGAGUUGGAGUUGACUUGAUGGCAACGGUUUUUUUUUUUUUUUUUAAUUACCAGUUCUACUGGUUCUUAAUUACAAAAAUCUCAUUACAUUGUCAUGAAGUCUUCAUAAACAGAAGUUUGUUUUAACUGUGAAGUUAUCAAAAUCCUUCCAAGGUCUCCGUUUCUUUGUACAUUUGUUGGAGCUGAUGACAUUGUGCCCUCUCAGAAGAGUUAAGUAUUGUGAAACUUAACUGGCAGUGAAGCUAAGGUAGACAUUGUUGGAAGGCAAGAUUCUGAAAUCUACUGGUUGAGAGAGAUAACUGCAUUGUUAUCCUACACUUUGGUUUGCAAUGUUCAAAGUUAUACAAUGCCCAGGAAUUAUAGCCAGCUUUAUGCUUUCUUUUAUACUUCCGAUAUGUAUUACAGAGCCCUAGUGGCACAGUGGUUAAGAGCUCAGGCUGCUAACCAAAAGUUUGGCAGUUCCUUGGAAACCCUAUGGGGCAGCACUACUCUGUCCUAUAGGGUUACUAUGAGUCGAAAUCAACUUGAUGGCAAUGGGUUUGGUUUUGGUUUUUGGUAUAUGUAUUAUAAUGAAAAUUAUUUUUAAAGGAAAAAAAAACAGCCUAGACAGAGCUUUUCUCUGCUGUCUUGCCCUUUGAGAAAAUACUGGGAGUUAUCUUGUAUGAAAUAUACUUCUAUUUAUUUUUUAUAAUUAAAAUGAGGCAAACAGGAAAAACAUUAAAGGAUUUUAGGAAUUUGUUCUUAUGUCCUUAAAAAGACAUAUAAUAGUUUUAAAAUAAGAUAAUCAGGAACUUCUGAUGGGUGAGCACUUAAGCAGAACUAGGAGCAAGGUCCCUGUUAAUUAUGGUUUCAGAGAUUAUAAACUCAGGUAAGUCUAGUGAUAUUAAACAAACAAACAAAAAAUGAAGAUAGCUUUAGUAAACUAGAAAGUUGAAUUUUAAAGGUGUGUACUUCUUUCCCUCUUUAUUAAGAAAUUGCAGCCAAUGCCAAAACAGACAUGGUCUAUUUUUCUUAAAAUGAGGUUUUUUUGGCUAGGUAAAAAUUUGUGGACCUUCGUAACUGUGAAGAAAUAAAUAGAUGGGUUGUAUUUAAGGUGACAUGAUUUUUGGUUCCAUGUAGGUUGCAGUAUAUUUAAUCUUGUUAAAAUUUCAUUUUAUUAAGUCUUCACUGACUGGAAUUUUCUAGUAAACAGAUUUGAGCCAGGGAAUUUUUGUUUGUUUGCUUGUUUCUGGCUAGUAGAAUUUUUAUUGUUUUUAAGUGAAUUUGUUGCACCACAUGGUCUCAAAACAUGAUUCCAUGCUUGAAAUUAAAAUGUAGUAUUUGUUCUCCAAAGACUAUAAUACAGUCUUUAAAAUCUUAAGCCAGUUUACACAGCGUUGGGAAAGGGAAUCUGGAACUUAUAGAGAUCAAAUCACUUUAAAGGAAGUUGACCAAACUAACGUCUGCUGAAAUAAUCAAAAGAACACACGCACACACAAAUCCAUUUCUUCUGUGAACAUGACCUGUAAAAUAUCAGGGAAUAAAAUAAUUACGUUGACAUUGUUAUGAAUAUGAGUUUAGGAACUGUGCAAUGAACUUGAAGAAAAUUUUAUAUUAUGUCUUUAUGAACUUGCAUCAUACUUGGGAAGAAGAGUAGAGAAAAAAAAUACAACUUCUGUAUUGCAGUUUUUCUCCAAAGAUCUUGUUUUUGUUAUGCCCAAAUUAAAAAACCAUUGUGGCUUUUAUAUAGGAGUCUCAAUCAUCCUAUUCAGAUUUAGCAUUAGUUUUUAAACUUUCAGGGGGAGGCAGAAGUAAUUCUAAUCACCACUCCUGUAAAUACACAUAUUUAGCUGUAUUUAACUAGAGCUUAUCUGUCACAUUGUAUCAAAUCACUAUUUGACACAUACACUUUGUCAUUUUACUCGAUUGUUCUGUAUUCCAGUCAAACCUUUAUGAAAAUAAAAAGAAUCCCAUAUAUAUGGAUAAAAUAAAUACAUAUUUUUAUAUUAAAGUGUGUACAUACAAAGAUAAUAAAGUAAUUAUGACUUAGUUUACUAAGGCAUUUCUUUGAGGGAGGUGGUAAAAAUACUUUUAUCUCCAUCACCUGUAUUGUUUUAGUUACAAACUAAGAGGGAAAAAUUGUGCCUGAUGGUUUUGUUUCCUUGAAUGAUGUCAAUAUCAUAGUUUUUUAAAGAAGAGGUUCCUUAUAUUUUCUGAAUUUCUAGUCUUUCAUCCACUUUUUCUUCAUCCUGACAGGAUAACUGUGAGCCUUUCAGAAAUUUAUUUUCAUUUUUCACAAAUGGAAAACCAAACAAAAAUUCCAUUACUUAUGCAGUAGCUAAUAUCUUAGAAUCCAUCACAGAAAACCUAAAAUAUAGCCCCCAAUUUUGUAUACAGUCUUAGAUAUUGUUAGAUAACCAUUCAGUUUUCUUUGCAUUGUGUGUGCGAUGAAUAUUUCUUGAGACUUUUGUUUGCUUUGCUAAAGAAAUCAACUAAGGGGGAAAAAAAACCCAAAAACAAAACAAACAAAAAAACACCCUGUAACUCAUGUGAAGCAUGCAGGGUGUUGUAAUUUCAGUUUGCAAAGUGGUGUGAUACAAUGUUGCCGAGCCAAAAGCACACGAUAGAUUUAAUGUAGCCAAUUGUGUACUUUUGAAAAAAAGAGUAACUGUUCCCUGUGAGUUAAUUUUGGAUUUUUUCAAAAUCUCUCUUUUAGGCUUUGUGCUGGAUUCUUCCAGACAAAUGCGUAUUCCAUGUGGGCCACUGUUCUGCUAAAUGCUCUCAGUUCUCCUUUUGCAAUCAAGAUUAUGUUGCUAAGGAGAUUUUGCUUUUAUUGGUGCCAUUGAUUUGUGUUAAUACGUUUUGAAUACCUCUCGGUAUUCUUCCGUAGACAAGGCCAAAAGAAAAACUUCCCCGAGUUUCCCAAUUUACAUUACAAAUGGAGCGGUGGUGUAAUGAAGCCGAUAUAAAGUGGGCAGUUGAAAGGGAACUAAAGAAGGGCACUCAAGUGAGAAAUGAAGAAAUGUGCCGAGUGCAGUCCAUGGGCUGCCUUCAGUCCAGCUGCAGGAACUGGCUCCAGCCAGAGGUAGUGAGCAAGCACCUCCUCUGCAAAGACCACCCACUUUCUGGAGCCUGGGCUGGCACACCAUAGAUUACCUAGUUGGCUAAUACGGGGCCUUUACAAAAGUGAGAAACUUCUCCUGAGGCUCUUUUCCACCCCUAAAUCUCUCCCCGAGUCUUUCCUAGACCACGUCUGAGGCCAGACUUGCUUUAACUUAAGACUUUCAGUCGUGUUUUAAAGGAAGUCCUAUGGAUAAGCCAGGCUCUUUUGGUCCUGAGGACUACCAUAUUCAAAUGUUGUUGGAAGGUCUCCCUAGACCUAAAGGAUGUUGACUAUACCAAAUUAAAGGUUUUAGUUAUAUACCCUUUACUUUGUAUCAUAGUCUGGAUUCCAAAGACUCCAUACUAUAAAACUCAAAUAUGCUGUCUGUGAAUGGAAGGGGAAGUCCAAUGCAUGUGUCUUUAACCAGUGAAGUGGUUUGCUUAGGUUGCAGUAGUUGAAGGUGCUAAAGAAUACCUUUGUGGCACAAUCAUACCCCUUUAGUGGCUUACAUUCUUAAAAUAGCAUGAUAGUAACUUUUUUUUAAAAGCAUAAGCGCUGCACUGAUAAAACUUGAACUUUUAGACAUUUUAAAUUAGAAAUGUACAAGAAAUAUAGAAACUGUGAGUGAAAAUUGCUACAGAAGUCUGAGGAAAUUGAAAAUCACAAGGGAAAUUAUCUCACAAGUUUAUAAAAAACAAGCCUGCAUUGUUUGGAUAUGAAAAAUGAUAGUUUCUGUAGAAACAAAAAUUAAGUCAUUAAGUAAAAAGCCUAAACUAUCAGUCAUUUAAGGUUGAAUAUGUGCAAGAAGCACAAAUUGCAAGACAGUCAGCUAUUAAUGGGAAAUAGGAAAUUUAUAAAGACAUCAGAAAAGGAAGUCCUUAAUUCCUAUAUUUACAGUGUCUUUUCAGUAACCUUCUCAAAAGAGACUUGUCAACCGCUAUGCUUCAGACGCAUAAUUUCCAGACCAAAUGUAGUGACAAUCAGUGAUCUUUGCUUAUGUCCCAAAAUGUUGGUUUACUUAUACUUCUAUUUUUUGUUUGUUUGUUUUUUUAACCUGCAAUAUUUUUACAGCUUUUAAAAUUCAUUAACUCCAGCUUAAAGAAUAAAGUUAAAAUAUAGGGAUGAAUUUAUAUUUUUAACCUGGUAGUCUUGCCUGUAUCUGUCAAUGGUUUUUUUAAUUAACAAUACUGUUCUUCUUAUUGCAUAAUACUAAAUAAUUGUAAAAACUAGAAUGAAGAAAACAGCUAAGAAUUAAUUAUAGUGAAAGAUAGUGAGACAUAGACAAAUAUAUCUGUACUGUAUAUUGAUAGGUUUGUUUUUUUUUUUCAAGUUGGAAUUAAUCUGUUGAAACUGACUUAAAUUACUUUAAACUUUUAAAUUCUUACCCUUGGAAAGCCUGACCUGAAGAAGUAAGCAAACCUGUUCAUACACAAAAGUAAGUAGUACAGUUUUACUCCCAGCAUCCAACAUGUAACAUGAACUCUUAUUAUUUUCCUAAAAUAUGUGAAUCAUACCAGGGGAUUCUAAGACUUGGAACUCUGAAAAGCCAUGUCUUCCUAGUCUUAUGUUUAUAACGGUAACUGCUACUGGCUGGAUGGUUAUUUUGUAAAAGAAUGCAAGAAUAAGAAAUCUACUCUGCCUUAAUGGCCCAGUAUUUCCCCCUAUUUGUUCCUUAGAACAAAGACAGUUUAGGUCUUCUGUAAAUGCAUUACACAUUUUUAAAUAUUGUCAAAAGCAGUAACAGGCUGCAGCAGGAAAAAGGAACUUGUAAGAAAGUACGUGUGUGGAAAAGCACUACCUUUUCCAAUUCUGUCAACACUGUCUUGCUCAGCCAUAGCCCAUGUCCAUUAAACAAAACAAGGUGAGGUCUCAGAGCUGGAAGAAACCUCUGAAGUGUCUAGUAGGAACGAGCAUUAGAAUCACUGGGGAGUUUUGUUUUUUUUUUUGCCAUUUUUGUUUUUAAAUAUACCUGUGCCCCACCCCCCAUUAGACUUGGGAGGAGAGGAAAUGAGAGCAUAUAUAUUUUGAAAAAUUUUCUCAAUUAUGACAAGACAUCCCCCCAUCCCUUCUAACCAAAUUUUAUAAUAACAUUAAGACCUAGGGAGUUUGUCACUUGUCUGAAGUUGUUAGUUCUCUCAGGUUGUUAGUGACAGUGCCAGAACUAAAAUCCCAGACCUAGGAUCUCUAGUUCACAGAUGUAGGCCUUUCCUGCAAUACAUAGUAGAAAUAGGAUCUUCCUUUUUGUAAACUUAGCAAUUAAAAAAAUCCUAAAGGUGAUCCUUGGAAAUCCAUGUAAGAAAUCAUUAUAAAAAUGGAUUCUCUCUAACUGAAUGAUCACCGCUUAUGGCUAAAGCACCUAAAAGCAAAUUGUUAGACUACCCCCUCUCCUUCCAAAAAAGUUGCUUAUUAAAUGAUGAAAUUUUAGCUCUAUCUACUGCCCCAUCUGAGGACUGUGACUUAGACAUUUAAUUAUUUAUUGCUGGUCCGUGUGAAAACAUUCUGAAUGGCUGGCAGCCUACCAGACCCUGAGUUAAACAUUCUACAGCUUGACUAGACUGCUGGGUAGCCAACUUCACAUCAGAUUAAACACAUUCUCUUCGUGAUGAAUAGCUUGGAACCCAAAAACUUGAUUUCAUUGCAAAAAAAGGCAAGGGGUGUGUUCUUUGCUAAAUUAAAAUUAUUUUACAUUUUACUGCCACCAUUCUGAUUGUGGUUGUCAAACGUAUUUUCUUUGGUGGUGGUGAGAUGGAAGGGAAUUGGACAAUGAGGAACUUUUGGUACUAAUAAAAUAAAAAAGGACUCCUACAAGGUCAGACACAAUGCAGCCUAGAGAUGAACAUUCAUGAAUUUUGUACUGAAAAAAUUUACAUUUCAUUAACAUCUUAAAUUACAAAGGCAGGUCUACAAAUACCAAUUUUUGUGUUUGUUGUCAUUGCAUUUUCCAAGCAAACAUGAAUAAUGUAAUGCUAACUACUGUCCUGUGUUUCCUUGCCAUUAAUUUCCUUUUUUUAUUUUGAACUGUACACUAACUGUAAUGUGUAGUAACAUUAAUUUCAAUGAACCCUACUUUGUUGUCUACAUUAUCUAUAGAUCUAUGAACAUAAACUCCAUGUAAUGUACCCUCGUAUAAUAAAUAGUUUGGAAUAAUGAAGGGUACUCUGAGCCUCAUUGCUCAGCUGUGUAGUAAACCAGCUCUCCACAGACUUGCCAUUCUCGUUCUGCGUCUACCAGGAGCUGAAAUUAUGAUAAUAAGUAGCAAUAUAGAAAUGUAAUAUUUGAUGAUUGACAUACACUAGAGAUUAGGUUACAAUUAUUACACUUCAGUUUGCCAUUCUUUCUGAACAUGUUAUAUUUGGGUAAGGCCUGUGAAGUUACAGAGUUUGAAAGUGUGUGGGGGGGGGGUGGGGGGGAAUGGUGACUGACUAAUGUAAUGAAUUAAAGUGUUGGAACUAAGAACUCUGUAUGCUCAAAGGAGCUGGCUGUUGACCAGGCUGCCAAUUGAGAGUAAUUGACAAGCAGGUGCCUGAAAAAUGACAGGCAGGGCCCUACUUUUUAGUUAUUGGUGUCAGUAAUAAUAGCGUUAUGGCUUUAGGUCAUGAUUGAGGAAAAUAUUUUCAAGAGUAAAAUCGUGUAUCAUACACGUUUGAAGGGUGUUAACUAUUCAACUGCAGAAAGUUACAGUGUCUAAAGUUGUUUUUACUGACUGCCUUUUUAUUAGAAUCUCUUAUUUAGGUAUUCGUUCUUCUGCAGUUUGAAAAAUUAGCAGCUUAAAGAAAAUAGCAGCUUUAGAUAUAUUUUUGAUAAAAAAGAAAUCUAUAAGAUACACUUUAAAAAUCCCAGAGUUUUAAAUGCUUUUAUUUCAUGAAUGUGCUUUUAUUGAAUGCCUAGAGCACUCAGAAACAUACGUGGGUUUGGAGUUCUCUUCUUGAAGAAUCAGCCAUCAGUGAAAAACACAGCCUUUUGAAGUUACAGGAUUACUGAACUCAGAGAGUUGCCUUUCUUACACCAUUUUCUUCCAGCAGUAUGGUGUGCCUAUAAACUAUGCUUCACAUGUGCUGGGAUUCUUCACCAGGGCAUAUGCAAACUUGAAUGGGCAAACAGUGAACAAUUUGUGGUUAUCUUCUUUGCUGUCUCCCCCACUAAACUACUUUUUUAGCAAGUUCAUGUUAAAACUCUGAUUUACUCAUCAGAGUUGCAUCCUUCAAAUGAAUUUGUAUCAUGAUCACAAAUGAAAGUCAUUAAAUCGUUCAAAAUCAACUGGAGAAGGUUUUUAAUUAAAUAGGAAAAUGAAGUAAAGGAACUAGCUAUGUUGAAACCUAGGAAUCUGAAUAGUAUGUUAAAAUUUGUUUAAAGAAUGCUUUUGGAUGAUAUUUAAAAUCAAUUGGAGUAAUAUUUAAGUUGCUUAAAAUGGUGGGAAUAAAAGAGAAAUGACAGUUUUUGCUUUAAAUAAUUCAAAGGGUUGGUCAGAGAUACAAAGUCAAUGGUAGCCCCGCCUUGGAAUAACAUUUAGAUUUCAGAAUUUGAGUUUUAUUUUUAUGUUUAUUUUGACAAAAUGGUUAUUUGCUUUCUCUCUCUAACAGUACGAGAUGGUUUAAGGCUUUGAGCUUUUUGAAACUGGGCUAGAUAUAAUUGUUCAAGCUAUUAAAGCCUAUGGAAAUAAAGAUAAUGUCAAAUAAAUUCAAACAAGAUAGACUUUACUAUCACAGCCAAUCUACUCACAAAAUUGCCUCUAAAGCACAACUCUUUCUUAAAAAAAGGAAAGAAAAAAAUUAUUAUUGACAUUUCAAUGCCACUUUAAACAUGUAUUUUCUUUGUUCUUAAUUUUAUUCUUAACAGUUUUAGAAGAGAGGGUUAGCUAACUCCUUUUUCUGAAUUUAACUCAAUUUUAAAAACCUACUUUUAAACCUGCCUUUUUAAUGUACUUUAAUAUAUUGUCCAUUACAUUUAAAUCGGUAAAGUAAGUUGCCUCUUAAUUAUCUCACAAAGCUGUAUGACUUUAUUUCCAUUCCUUCCAACAACUGCAUUUUUAAUUUUGAAGAAAUUUUUAUAGAUUUUUUGCACCAAUUCAAAAUUGAUAAGGUACCAAAGAGAGUAGUACCUGGUUUCUAUUUUCUUCAGUUUGCUUCUCCAAAGUAAUAGUUCUAUUUUGAGUUUUUUUUUUUUGUUGUUGUUAGUAUUGAUUUUCCUACUAGUUAUCAAGGAAAUUUAUUACUACACUGUGUCCCCAGAUCAUGUAUAAACAGUGGCCUGGAAUAGCAGAUGAAGACUUCCUCAAAAAAUAUAUAACAGAAUAAGACAUAGAAUGGGACAGCAAGCGACUUGGUUACACACUGUAACACCCUUAGAAACACCACAUUUAUUUGGUUGGUUACCAUCAGGAAUAAGUACAUGGGCUAGGUCACUACUGCAGGGGUUAGUAAUAUUCUUAUUCUGCAUCCUGAUAGUAUUAGGGAUGAUAAAAUUUCUGUUACCCUACAUACUUACUUAUAGGGUCACUAUGAAUCGGAAUCGACUCAAUGGCAGUGGGUUUGGGUUUUUUUUUACAUACUUAAAAAAAAGCCUUGAGCUAAAAUGUUGAUGCACAUUAAUUAGACCUCUCUCUUCUGCAAUGUGAUUGAUUAGAACAUUGCUCUUACUUAAUAACCUGGUGAAGAACCAGAUGGUAUCCAGUGGAAAACCAGUUUGUGAGUUUAAAGAGCCUGCAGUGGCCGCCAUCUAGGAGCUCAACUAAAUCCAGGUAUUGAUCAUUGAUGUGUUAUCUCCAAUCUCUGAUCAAACGGGGGGAAUGAUUUAGGAAAUAAUAUUGGAGUCAUUAUUCCCUGUCCUUGAGUAUAGAGAAUGUGACCCAUCUGGAGCUAGGCUCAGGAGGACACAUCAGCUGGGCCUGAGGGAAAAGACAAUAGGAUAAUCUUGGAAAAUGUCUUUUAGGGAACCUUCCAUGUAAGCCAAUCUAACAGAACACAAAAGACUUUCCACUCUUUUUGUGUUAGCAUUCAGUGAAUAGAAAAUUUGUUGGACCAAUGAAGACCCUCCUGACUGCGGUUACUGUAGCCUGUACCAAUGAUUGUUAAGAAAGACAAUUCAAAAUGAAAGAUCACAGUUUCUAGCCAAUCUGUGAAAAGAUGAAGCUUUCAAUGAUUUUGCCCAUUUUAUAAUGUUAAUAUAUACUGAUGACUGUAAUAUUCUUUGGACUCCGACACACAUGGCUGUGGCAGCAUGCUUGUCCAUUUUCCCAUUCUUGCCUAUUCUGUCAUAUUCUUUUGACAGUGGCAGACAUGGCUCUAGCAGCAUGCUCGUCUGAUUUUCACUUUUGUCUGUUCUGUAAUAUUUCCUUGCACUCUGGCAGACAUGGCUCUGGCAGCAUGGUUGCCCGGUUCCCACUUUUGCCUUUUUGAAUAUAUGCUGAAUAAAACUUUCUUUUUGCUUUAAAAAAAAAAAA